AUGGCCAUUCCGAAUUCGUCGCUGACUUCUAUCGGUGGAGUGCCGUACUACACUCCGGCGACAACAUCAGAAGUUCCGGCUUCUACGAGGCAGAUAUGGUCUUCUUCGGCACCCGAUCCAGUCUCCGAUGUUGUGCCUUCAAGCAUAUUCCUGCUUGAUGAUGUCGCUCAGCAGGGACUUGGCUCUCUAAUUACUGCUCUUAAUGGCACCUUGAGAUCAUGGUUGGAAAAAGACGAUGUCUUCGCUGUGGAAUUCUUGAGGCGGCUAUAUCUGGUAUCGUUCAAUGCUGGGGACAUUGCCAACUUCAUUGAGACCCGCAGCAGUACUGACUUGGACGAUCUUCUACACGGAUGGGGCACCUCUUCAGUUCAUCUUGUCCCUGCAGAGUCGUCUCCAGGGAGCACCCAAAUCUGGGUUCCCGGACCGUACUUCACUUGUUCGACAGGAAUUCGACCCGCGUGGAGGCUAUUUACCGACAACAACCAGGCUUUCAUGUUUCCAGUCGUGCCUACUGAGCAGGAUCCAUCCCAACAGAGCAGGUUCGCAAUCCUGGGCACUGCCGGCAUACCUGUACCCAGUCGCUGUUUCUACGAGGACCCAUCUCCGAAAAAGCCACUGUCUGGGAUGAGAGUUACGAUCAAGGACAACAUCGACAUUUCUGGCGUGCCAAAAAGUGCGGGCAAUAGAGCCUACGCUGAAUUACAUGGCGCUAGGGACUGGAAUGCCCCGUGCGUUGAAAAGCUAUUGGCCGCUGGGGCCAUCAUAGUCGGGAAAGUGAAGACGGUACAAUUCGCUUCUGGAGAGUCUGCCCAGGACUGGUUCGACUACCACGCACCAUUUUGCCCACGAGGUGAUGGAUAUCAAGAUCCGGGCUGCAGUAGUGCAGGCAGCGCAACUGCUUGCUCGGCCUACGAUUGGGUUGACAUUUCUAUUGCCACUGACACUUUUGGAAGCAUUAUCAGCCCUGCCGCCAUCCACGGCCUUUUUGGGCUCCGCACAUCACUUGGAAUCGUUUCGACGUCCGGCGUGGUUCCAGUCUCCAAGGAAUUGGAUACUGUUGGAUUGAUCACUCGCAAUGCCCGGGUGGCCAGUUCCGUAAUAAAGGCCAUGACAGUUUCCGAUGUGACGAAGCGCCUCUUCUCCUCAAGAGUGCAGUUGUCAUAUCCAGCAGACUUCUUCCGCGACUCACGCGAAUGCGCAGACUUCGUUGAGCCUAUAGUACAGAAGCUCGAAAAAUUCCUCGGUGUCAAGAGAUCGAACAUCGACACCAGGGUUCAGUUCAUAGACGAUAGAGUCGCAGCUGGUGAAGGUGGUCUGGAUGAGUUUCUGACGAAUGUUGUUCUCUCCAAAAAUCAUUUUGUUACGACCUGCUGA